GGACAAACAACAUCGGGAGAGACAAUAAGGACAGAUGAAGUGUGUGACAUAUAGCUGGACAUGCAGGCAUUAUUCAUAGGUUUGUGCCCAGUGCACCUGGCCAGUAAGCACACAGAGUCAGAACCCACGUGAAGGUCUUUUCAUUAAGUAAUUAUAUAAUUCUGCAGAAUCAGGUGCUUGGCGAUUUUUGCAAAGCAAGCACCCCUCUGACUUGAAGCACUGCUAUUUAUACACAUAAAUACACUCGUUAAUAUGUGAAACCAUCUCUCUGGAUACUUCUGAUCACCAAGAAGAGAACAGGAAAACCAGGACUCAUGUUUAUGGCGUUUGCACAUGCAGCUUCCCAUCCUCCAGCUGUUUCAAGCUCAGGUAUUUCCUGACCGUGUUUUCACAAAGAAUCACAGAAUUUCUAGGAUGGAAGAGACCUCAAGAUCAUCGAGUUUUGAGCAGCUCUAUCUGACUUCGUCCCGCACAAGCUUCCUGCUGCUCUCAGGCAGGAUGUGGGAGGUUGUUUUUGAUGUGCACAUGCUGUUUUCUAAGCACCAGCAGCAGGGCUUUACAAGGCGAGGGACUUUGGCCAUGGAUACCUGGCAAGUCUCUAGGGCUAAAUGCUUCCAGAACCAGGGAUAAGGAUGGAGGAGAGAUUCACAGCCCUCUGCUCGGAACCACCCCCAAUUUCCUUUCACAGGAGCUGCCCUUUAUCAGCCCUGAGAAGCCUUGCAGACACUGGGGAGGAGCUAUGCUCUCAGCUCCCAUAGCAGGAGGUGGCCCUGCCCAUUCUCUUGUUUCACUUUUGCCUUAGUUCAGAGCCUCCACUGCUCCACAGCCCUGCAGUUCUCCUGCAGCACGAUCAGAGGGAAGAUGGCAGCCAAGAAGGUGCAGAAGUCUCGCAAUCCUAAAUUGCAGUCUGACCUGGAAAGCCUGAUGGAAAAAAUAGAAGUCUGCCGCAGUGUGGGCGUGGAGAUCAUCAACAACACUAAAAAGGUGACACUGGAGGACUUCAGGAGUUACUGCUUCAGUGGCAACAUCCAGAUCCUUCCCCCCUUUGAAAUCGGCCCACAGUCCGUAGGAGUAUGCAUUUUUGCAAAGACACGAUACAGCCUGCGUGGGAGUGUGGGUGUCCUGGUCUGCAAGGCCAGCUCUUUCUCACUGGCCAUCAUGUUCUCCAACCCCUUCGACUACGUCCUUUACAGCAUCGAAUUCGCUCUGGAGCUCUUCAAAACAGAGAACCACAUGGUAAGACUCCAUGAAGUCUUCUCCCGUAUGAUGGAAAGAAAAUCUUACGACAGUUCCACACUCUUCCAGAGAGCUACACUAGCGUCAAACCAUGAAACCCUGGAGGUCUCCUCCGGGAAUAUUCGUGUCAGAGCCAGGAUGUCCAACAGUUCAAAAGCGAUCCUGAAAGUCCAGGUAGAUGAUAUAGAUCCCCCACCCUAUUCCUAAGACAUGUGAGUGAAGACACCUUUGCUGUCAAAAGCUUCCCUCGUGAGAUUUUCAUCAAGGAUGAAGGUAGAGAUCUCACUGUGCUGCCUCUUUGGUGAUCACAGGUGGUGACUGAUGAUAAAACUGGUGGGAGAUGGCACCACCAGCAGCCCGGUUGCUCUUAACUGUCCUACAGCUUCAAUGACUUUGCCAAUAAGCUAACAGCAGCUUGUAGAGUGCUAUCUCACGCUUAUGGGUGAUAACUAAUAAACAAUGCUCCAACCCUUGUA